AUGAAGACUACAUUGGUUUUGACUCUUUUGUUUUGCAUCGGUGUUACCGCCUACGCCCAAAGAACCCAUGAGCCAGAACCAGAGCCUGACAAUGAAUUUGCCUGCGACUCAUGCAUAACUUUUGCAACUGUUAUCAAGGAUUACGUCGAUGAGAGAUUACCAUUGGACGAAGUUGAAAGAGACGCAGAUGUACUAUGCAACAUUUUACCAGGUGAAUUAAGAGAUUUUUGCGAUCACGAGUUGCUUCCAAAAACCGACAGAAUCUUUGAAGAGCUACACAAACAUACACCUCAGGAAGUAUGCGGACAUUUGGACUUCUGUUAG